CCGGUGGCCUAGCUUCCUGCCGCUGCCCUUGGUUGUGGGGUCGUGCUUGCACCGAGCUGCAGUCAUCAUGAACUUAUUUCAGCUGGUUCGUGACCACUGGGUUCACAUACUUGUCCCCUCGGGCUUUAUCUUUGGAUGUUAUCUAGACAGGAGGGAUGAUGAAAAGCUGACUGCCUUCCGGAAUAAGAGCAUGCUUUUUCAAAGGGAACUGAGGUCCAAUGAAGAAGUUAUUUGGAAGUAAAGUGGUUAAAUCACUGAAUGAUCACAUUUUAAAAGUUGUGAAAGAAAUAAAAACAUGAUUUAGAUGAAAAAAAAA